AUCAGCAUGCUUUAUUUUCUUCGUUCCCUCUUCUGAGUCUCUCAUUCUCAUAUAUUCUCUCAUGGCCUGCAAAUGAAUUCACCCUUUGAGGCCCCUCUUCACAAUUAGAUGGAAUCAACUGGCAAGGAUUAUGACAAUACUAUGGAGCUUGCAUCUUAUAGGCAGCUAAUUCCUCCAAGUUCUCCUGAUAUAAGCAAGAUAGUUGGAACCACAAAGUCAAAUCUUCGAAUUGGUCAUGAAUACCAGGUGGAAGUUCCUUCCAUCAUAAAAGAAUCAGAACAGCUUAAACUUCCAAUGAAUCCUGCUGAUUCAGAACUUGUAGAUAAGGAAGUGGAGGAUAAUGUAGCAGCAGCAGCUAAUUUGAAUAAUUCGUGGAGUGAUGCUGAUGUAAAAAGUUUUCUCCUUGGUUUGUUUAUCUUCAGGAAGAAUUUUGUGCAGAUAAAAAGAUUUUUAGAGAACAAAGGGAUGGGGGAAAUACUGUCGUUUUACUAUGGGAAGUUUUAUAAGUCUGAUGAAUAUCAGAGAUGGUCAGAUUGCAAAAAAUUAAAAGGGAGAAAAUGUAUAACAGGACACAAACUUUUUUCUGGUCGGAAGCAACGUGAACUGUUGUCUCACUUGACUCUCCAUGUCUCAGAAGAAUUUAAAGAUGCUUUGCAACAGGUUUCCAAGUCAUAUUCGGAGGGGAGAAUUUCUCUAGAAGAAUAUAUCUCUUCUUUGAAGUCUACUGUCGGACUUGGUGUUCUUGUGGAAGCUGUGGAUAUUGGUAAGGGGAAGGCAGACCUUACCCGCCCAGCUGUGGAACAUGUGAAGAAAACCCAGGUGCUUUCAAUACCAACUAGCAAAGCUUGGUCUUCUCUUGGGCCCAGUGAUAUAAUCAAACAUUUGACUGGAGGAUAUCGACUGAGCAAAGCCAAAAGUAAUGAUAUCUUCUGGGAUGCUGUUUGGCCCCGUUUACUGGCAAGAGGUUGGCACUCGGAGAAACUAAAGAAUCAAGGCUCUCUAAGCUCCAAAAAUCUUGUGGUCUUUCUUUUCCCUGGUGUUAAAAAGUUUUCAAGGAGAAAACUUGUGAAAGGUGAUCAUUACUUUGAUUCUGUCAGUGAUGUCUUGAGCAAAGUGAUAGCUGAACCAAAUCUUCUUAAGCUUGAAGUUGUAGAAACUAAAGUUGGUGGCAGCAAUGAGGAAGAUGCAGAAACGGGAUCCAACAAGGAUAGUCAACCUGAUAAUCAUCACCAUCGUUACCUCAAACACCGAGCUUCUACUAACAAUGCAGACCAUAUGAAGUGUGCAGUUUUUGAUACUGGUUUGGUGCACAGAGGGAAGACAUCUGAUUUAAGGGAAUUGAAAUCUUUACCUGCCAAUUUGGUAGGUAAAGUUGAGGUAGAUGCUGAUGAUAUGGUAUAUAAUAAAGGGAACAAGCAUGUUAGUAAAACAAAACAAGGGAAAGGUAAGCUUGAUGACAUUUCACCAAGUGGGACAGAAACUGCUAAGAUAUACAGUAAAAAGAAUAGUAGUGAUGCUGACUGCCAGAAAGGUAAACACAAUAGAGAUGCUAGUGGCCAAAAACAAGUGAAUGUUAACCCUGAUGAUGCAAACAAGAUGGCAGAAAACUGUGAAAAUCAGAAGACCUACGUGCCUGAUGGAAAUCAACCAAAGAGAAACGUAGAGAAUCAAUUCAGUCAAAGAGCAAGAUCAGGUCAUUCAGAUGUUGCAGUUCCUCCCAUCAAACGGCAAAGACUCACUUCUUGGGCUAAGGCUGAGACAAGCCACAUUCUUAAGAACUCCUCAGGAGGCUUAGGAUCAGAAAAACUGGGACUCUCCCAGUCAUCUUGCUUUCCAGAUGCCAACAAGAAGGCCGGUAAUCCACUUGAUCAUCAGCAGGAUGUGACUUUAAUUUCUUAUUCAGCUGAAGUAAGCAUGGAAUUGAAAAAAGAAGAAAGAAAUUUCAAUAGAGUCUGUCUUGACAAUGGUACUUCUUGUGACAAAGUUGAGAAAUGUGAAUCACAACAUUCCAUCAACUUCAAUGCACCUCAGGUUUCACUGAAGUUUGAAGAUGGUGAAAUGAUGGAAAUGGCAGAGGAAGAUGAGCAGGGCCCAAAGCCCAAUGACACAAUUCCAAGGAGGAAGAGCACAAGAAACAGACCAUUGACAGUUAGAGCGUUGGAAUCUUUUGCAAAUGAAUUCUUGCAUGCACAAAGGAAACAGAAAAGAAAACACACCCUGACACUUAAACACCCAUUCAGUGCUUGCAGCCGCAAGGCUCGCACCUAAGGUCUAAAGAAUGUUGCAUAGUCAUAGCUCAGGGUAUGGGACUCCAGAUUCAAUAGAAGAACAUCAUUUGAAUGGAGAUUUUAGUGUCAAUGAAAACAUAGCUAGCCUUUUAGAUUAUAUUAAAUCGUAGUGGUCUUUUUAUUCUAGGAAUUUCAGAAGUUACCUAUCAUGGUGAGGUUUUGACUUUUGGAAACUUAUGCUUCUCCUAUCUGCCUUUAUUGCAUUCUGAAGUUAACAGACAUAAUGUACAUAAUUUUUGCCAUAUGGGAAAUUUGAUGAUUUUAAAGGGUUUUUUGUUUUCUGGUAAUUGUAAGUUUCA